CUCAGUUAGGCUUCAUCUCUCGCGAGCUUUGCACUUAAAAAAAAAAUAAAAAAAAAGAAAUUUAAAAAAUUAUUGUGACAGUGUUUAGUCUGUGGUACAGUGAUCUAUGACUUAAUUUGUGUGGUGACUUUUUUUUUUGAAGUGGAUUCUUGUUUUUUCGGGCUACCUGAAUAAUGAUACCAAGAUGGAGGGCGUGGGUGGUGGUGCUGCUGGCGCUGGCGGCGGCCGAGGACAGCCCCCCGGGGCUGGUGAGCCAGGACACGGAGCAGGACCUCCUCGCUGAGGCCACACAGAACGGCGCACAGUCGCAGAAGCGCGAGGCCGGCGGCCUGUCCAACUCGUACGGGGAGCCCUUGCCGCCCGACGCCUACGGGCCUCCACAGAACAUCCCGGAGAUUGAUCUGCCGUUCCCAGUUCCAGUGUACGGCGUACCAGAGACCACCAUCUUGUUGGAGACACCUCCAGGGGCGUACGGCCCCCCGCAGCCGGUGGUCUUCCCCAGCCAAAGUUACGAGGGCCCCCCACCACCAAUUGGAAAACCAAAACCCUUGUACGGCCUGCCAAAGUUCCACCCACCAAAGCAAUACGGUCCCCCAAAACCCAUAUACGGGCCCCCCAAAAAGACGUACGGACCACCCAAACAAGUGCUCCCUAAACCAAACUACGGUGCACCUUUCAAACCACCGAAGAUCUCCUUCCCGAAACCUGUCUACGGAGUCCCCAAACCAAUUUACGGAGCCCCCAAACCUAUUUAUGGACCUCCCAAAAUCAAUUACGGUCCGCCGCCACUGAAUCAAAACAUACCUUUGGAUUUGCCACAAAACUUUGGGAACUUUGGCAGCAUUGGCUCUAUUGGUCCAAUCAGCAGCAUCGGCACAAACUUCGGCAGCCUCGAAACAAAUGUUGGAGCCAGCAUUGGGACAAACAUUGACUUGGGAUUGAACUUACCAGCGCCAAUAUACGGUACACCUAUCACCAGCUUACCAGGAAACUUGAAACCGAAAUUCCCAGUGCCUUCAGACCAUUAUGGGCCACCAGGACAUCCUUUGGGACCAAUCGGUCCCAAUGACCAGGUUGUGGUACAAGAUUUUGACAGUGUAGGGCAUUAUGGUCCUCCACAGCCAGACCCCAACCCUAGACCACCUCAUCCUGGCAUUCCAGCGCCGCCCACACCUCCACACGUCUUAUACGAUGGUUGGAAACCAAUUCCAGGAGUAUCGAAUGCGUUAGAACAUGUCGGACAUAUAGAAACAUUGGAUCAGUACGGACCACCGCCUCCUCCCCCACCUAACGUCCAGGAAAUAACAAUAAACCUAGAUGGGCACUCCCUACCUAACUUGGACCAGCCGCAAUUCUCAGGCGCUCAAAUAAACACUGGAUACUCCAACGUACACCAGGAUGCUUUAGCAAAUAUAGAUUUAAAUGCUAUAGUAGGAGGGGAUUCGAACCAUAUUGAUCAAUCAAAAACCGUGUUUGAAGCGCAUUACACAGAGAAUAAUAACAAUCCACUAGCUGAUAUAGCUUUAAUACAAACAGCAGUUCCAGAAAGGCCAAUAGACACUUACGGAGCACCGCCAAUAGAAUCUCUCUCAAAUGGCCCGUAUCCUUCAUCCCAUAGACAACAAGGUGCAAAAGGUUUAAUACCUCCAUCUGGUAUCUAUGGAGUUCCACCGGGCAGCCAAUAUGGUGCACCUCCAAAACCAUUACCAGCUCACCUUCCAAUACCAUAUGGAACAUUUUCCGGGGGUGGUCAUUCGAUUCACACAGGCGGUCAUAACCCAAGACAUCCAAUAAAAUUCAGAGACUCCGUGCCCGAAGGUUUGAUACAGCAAAUUGGACAUACAUCGCAUCAUAAGGACACCCACGCUAUAGAUCAUAUAAAAACUGGACCAGCGUACCUCCCUCCUCCAAUCAGAGAUAUCAAAGAAAUCCACCAGCAUAGCAGCCAUAAUCAUAAUGGAAUAUCGCUAUCUAUAGAACCGUCGAAUUUAUAUAGUUUACCUCAUGCUGGACAAUCAAUAAACUUCCAGCAAAUCCAACACACACAGCCUAGUAAUCUAUACGGUUCUCCCAUAGACUCCUACGCAGCACCACUACUCACUGUUGGCGAUCAUACUGCAUCUGGAUCAACUAGCAAUGCUGUGGCCGCAACUUUAGACGGAAUGAUUUUGGCUAAUCUAUCGAAUUUAGAAGCUGCAGCAAUACUCAAACACUGUCCGUACCAUGAAGCCAUUUUAAAGGCUGCCAAAUCUGGAGAGAAAAUACCCCCAGAACUAGCUUCUAAAUAUGUAGCUAGCUUGAGCACAUUAGGUACAGCAUUGCAUAAACACAAUGCAUUAUCACAAAACGAAUUUAAAUACAAUUCGAAUAAAGACUUAGCAACAGCUUCCCACACCUUAGUCGAAACAGUAUUACCCAAUCACAUAGAAAAUGAGAAAACAGUAAAAACGACAGUUCAAAAAGGAAAAUCUAUCCAAGAUAUAAAAGACAAGUACAAACAAAACUCAAUAUCAGAGCAAAUAUAUCAAACGUCGGAGAAAAUAAAGAAUCUGAGCGAAGAAACAAAGUUGUUGAAACAGAAAAUCGUUACAGCUAGCCAGAAUUUGAAUCAAGUUAACGGUCAAAUACAAUUCGCUCAAAGUGAAUUGCCCAACGGUCAAGCAACUUAUUCAGUACAGAUCCAGUCAUCUGAAAAUGGGAAAGAUGCACCAUCGAUUCCCCAUGAGCAACUGCUGUCCGAAGGACUUUUACAAAGCAUUCUACAGGCUAUAGAACAACCCGCAAACCAAGUCAACAAACAUCAGAAUUACCAAUCAAACUCGCAUCAAAAUCAAAACAUAGUAUACGCAACUUCAGGCAGCACUUUCAACUAUCAAACAUCUGGAUUCCAAGAUACAGAUGACGGUCUAGUCUUACCAGCAGGAUACGAACCUAUAGAUCGGACUAAAGUUAACAACAAAGAUCAAGACGUGCAAAGUUCCAACACAGACACAGAAGUUCAUCAACACAGAGGGGAUAUCCCACACACAGAUUGUGAUUUGAGAGCGGACAACUCUAUAACACAUACAAUAGUUGUACCACCGCCUUUGAACGUUGAGAAAGUACCACCAGUAGAGGAUCUAGAAGACAAUGAUGUAGCUAUAUACUUCGGCGAAAAGGAUGAUACAGCAAAAGAACCUGUCACAGAAAUAUCAGUAGCGACAUCUAUAAGCGAAGAUGAUGAACAAUAUGAAAAAGUCCCAGAGUUUGGUGAUAAAAUUAAGACAACAUGAGAGUUUUUCAUCGAAGGUUUUGGCUGAUCAAUGGCAUUUGCCACUGUGCGUAAUAGGGUAGUUGACUCAUAUCAAAUUUAAUAUAAAUAAACAAUAUUAAUUUUGUUUAGUACAUGGAAUAAGGGUCCGAAUAUAUCGAUAUUAAUUAAUAAAAUUUAAGGAUUCCUUAUAAAAAUUAAUUUAAAUAUCAUAUAUUUUU